AUGCGUCCAACAGCUCUCAUCCCAGCGGUAUGCUGCACAGCCGCUCUUAUCCUCUCCUUCUUGUGCCUCUUCGCCGGCCACAAGAAGGGCUUCAUGGAGGACUACCACCUCGUCACACUCAACACGUCCAUGCUGGGCGAAACCCUUCUCAACGAAAGCCGCAGCACCGACUCAUCGAACCCUCUUACCAACCUUCUGAAUGAGAUUCCCAACACCAUCUCCUCCACCAUCAACGACGCCAUCGGCGAAGUAACCGCCAAGCUCGGCAUCGAGGACUUUUACUCAGCGCACAUGCUGAACUACUGCGAGGGCCAGUACACACCUGCCGAAGCCGCCAACGCAACCAUCAGCCAAAGCGACAUCAGCAAGAACGUGACCGAGUGCAGCAAGAACCGAGCCAUGUACAAGUUCGACCCGACCGCGAUUCUCGAGGAAGCGCUCAACAAGACAGCCGGCCUGGACGUGACGCUCGACGACCUCAACUGGCCCUCGGACAUCGACAAGGGCAUCAAGACCCUCAACGCGCUCAUGGCUGCCAUGUUCGUCCUCUACUGCAUCGCCAUCGCCCUCAUCUUCGUCGCGCUCUUCGCCGCCGCGCUAGCCGUCCUUGUCAGCGGCCGCCUGAGCGCAUGCGUCAACUUCCUGCUCUCUACCCUCGCGUUCCUCGCCAUCGGGCUCGCAAGCGCCCUCGUCACGGCCGUCAUGGUCAAGGCCACGCACAUCAUCAACGACAAGGGCGCCGACAUCGGACUGCAGGCCAACUGGGGCGGCAAGUUCCUGGCUCUCACUUGGGCUGCUACGGCGCUCAUGUUGGUCGUGGUGAUGACGUGGGUCGUUGAGUUUUGUAUCGGGAGGAGGCAUAGCAAGCAGCCGACGUAUGCCAAGCACGGUUGA